CAACAGUUAUGGCGAUAUCAAAGAUACACGUUUUAGUACUUUUGCUGAAUAAAAACGCAUUUUUUCGGAAAAUUUUGGCACCACAUCCUCUCCACUUUCUUUUGCAGCAUUUUGGGGCAGAUAUAAUAUUUAGGCCAUUUGCACACAAAUGUUUUUUUUUCCCCCUUUUACAUUCCGUUUUUUGUGUUCGGUGUAUGGACCGUAUACGGAACCAUUCAUUUUAAUGGAUCCGCAAAAAAAACAGGAAGGUACUCCGUAUGCUUUCCUUUUUCGUAUUUCCGGUUUCCCGUUCAAAGAUAGAACAUGUCCUAUUAUUUUCCGCAUAACGGACUAGGAUAGUACUGUUCUAUCAGGGGCCAGCUGUUCCGUUCCGCAAAAAACGGAAUGCACACGGACAUCAUCCGUAUGUUUUGUGAAUCCGUUUUUUGCAAACCGCUAAAUACUGAAAACACCAGACGGUCGUGUGCGAGAGGCUUUACUGUUUGACUUUAAUUUGCCUUCCCCUAAACCCCUCUAACAAAAAUCCUGAUUCACUCUAGAACAGUGAUGCUCAACCUGCGGCCCUCCAGCUGUUGUAAAACUACAACUCCCAGCAUGCCUGAACAGCCUACAGCAGGGCAUGGUGGGAGUGGUAGUUUUACAACAGCUGGAGGGCCGCAGGUUGAGCACCCCUCCAGUGAGCCCCGUCCUGGGGUAUUAGCAGCUGUACCCGUCCAUCAACGUAUCAUCAAGGAGGCUAAAUUUAAAAAGGUGAUGUCACCACUUGACAACCCCUUUAAUUGGGCGGCAACUGAAGCUGCAUUCACAAGGGCUGAUUCACAAGCAAGUAUGGAGAAGGAAGCCAACAUCCCCGGAAGCCUGGAGGUGAGAGCGGCCUUUACCUGACGCAAACACCCCCCAGGACGAGCGAUGCCCCGCCAUUGUCACAAGUCUGCAUGAAAACACCCAAAGGGCUUCUAAACAGAAGAAGGCCAGGAAGUAAAAAUGUCAAAGCGGAUGCCCUAUCCCGGAGUUUUUUUUGUGCCUUUCAGUCUCCUGAUACUCCAGCAGAACCUAUUUUGCCGGCAGGUAUUAUUGUGGCUUCAGUCUCCUCCGACUUGACGACCAAAAUUACUGAAGAACAACAUUUGGCUCCAGUACAGUCCCCUAAAGAUAAGUUAUUUGUUCCUGGUCAUUUGCAUCUCCGACUGCUAGGAGACAUGGAGGACUCCACAGAAGAUAACCUUACCACACGUUCUUUACUGAAGGGAAUACUGGCCACGGAGCUAGUUCGUAGACAAGUGACGCGCAGUACUAUACAAAGGUUGAGUCAGCAAUCAUCUACAUCUUAUGUCCAUCAAGAUGAGAGUUCAUCAUCCCCAUCUAUGAAUUUGCGUAGUAAAAUGCGAGCGAGAGCGAGACGUUCACUUGGAAAAUCGGCACUGGAAGUUUCAGUUCUUAAAAAAAAUGUGGCGACUAAUUCCAAUAGUAAGAAAAAGUCAGCAAAGAAAGGAUCUCAUCCUAUUAUGGAAGAUUUAGAUACCAUCACUCCAAGGACCUUGUUAAAAAAAAUUAUUCAAAAUGAGGAUGAAGUUUCGAUACUUGUUUCUCAGAGGUCACAAGCAGCUGCUGAUGAUGAUAAACCACAGGAAGACUCUCCUACUGAAAGAUUAAGCAGUUUGGGCAGUGUAAAUCUGAGUCUGCCGGAUCUGCAAGACACCGAACACGUUACAGUGUUUAAAACAUCCAGAAAAAAGAGGAAAAUGAGGGUUUCCGAAUUUGAGAGAGAAGUUGACGAAAGACUGCCUAAAAACAAAGACAAGCAGAACAUUUCAAAUGAUCCACAUGAUAAUUUUGAUGUCCCGUCUUUAUUUGUGAGCUCCUACACAAUAUCAGGGUCAACAGACAAUAAACUGGACAUUUCAGCUGCACCAGAAUCUACUUUCAAGAGAGGCUUACUGCGCAGGCCCAACAAAGUAUGCUUGGUGUCGUUAGAUGACUUCGAGCAAGGAGUAGAAGACAAAUACCAGCAAUUAAAAGGCUCCCAGGAAUGCUUCAUUGAACCUCCUGAAGGGGACAAAUCGGAUGCAAAUGAAAUGGCUCUGCUGAACACCGUGCUGUACGCUCAGUCUUUACGUAAAGAGGCAAAUGUCUCAAAGUCUGACAGAGAACAAAAAGGAAAGAGGAAACACAUUUCAUCCUAUGAGGAGAUAAAAGAAGCAAAUGAACUUUUGGAGCCCGAAACUAAAAAUCUAAAUGCAAAUGUUCACCCUAUACUUAAUGCACAGACUCCAAAAGAUAAGGCUAAUGAUGGCUUUAGAGGAGUCCAUGGUAAAGUUAUUGUUGACGGUGAUAAAGGAGAAGCUAAUGAAGAUGGUGAAGAAGUUGAAGCUGGUGGUGACAGUGAUGAAGAAGCUAGAGGUGAAGAAGUGGAAGCUGGUGGUGACAGUGAUGAAGAAGCUAGUGGUGAAGAAGUUGAAGCUGGUGGUGAUAUUGGUGAAGAAGAUGAAGCUAGUGGUGAAGAAGUUGAAGCUGGUGGUGAUAUUGGUGAAGAAGAUGAAGCUAGUGGUGAAGAAGUUGAAGCUGGUGGUGAUAUUGGUGAAGAAGAUGAAGCUAGUGGUGAAGAAGUUGAAGCUGGUGGUGAUAUUGGUGAAGAAGAUGAAGCUAGUGGUGAAGAAGUUGAAGCUGGUGGUGAUAUUGGUGAAGAAGAUGAAGCUAGUGGUGAAGAAGUUGAAGCUGGUGGUGAUAUUGGUGAAGAAGAUGAAGCUAGUGGUGAAGAAGUUGAAGCUAGUAGUGACAGUGGUGAAGAAGAUGAAGCUAGCGGUGACAGUGGGGAAGUUGAAGCUGGUGGUGACAUUGGUGAAGAAGUGGAAGCUGGUGGUGAUGGUGCUGAAGUUGAAGCUGGUGGUGAAGAAGCUGCUGGUGAUAGUGGUGAAGAAGAUGAAGGUGAUAGUGGUGAAGAAGAUGAAAGUGAUAGUGGUGAAGAAGAUGUAGCUGCUGGUGACAGUGGAAAAGGUGAAGCUGGUGAUGAUCUCAACGAUGUUCAAAGUAGCAUGCGACAAAAUAAAUCCAGCCUGUUUAACCCCACUAGAAAGUCAGCAGGUGUCAAUGAAUAUUCUCACCGCAUGCAACGGACAAGGCUUGACGAAGAAAAUGGCAUGCAAACAGCAGAAUCUAUUUAUGUGCAUACGGUAUCCAGACCAGAGGAAACUUCUGAACCUUUAGAAAGCAGUGGUGGUGAAAACUUGGAUGUUGCCAUAAACCGUGGAAUGGCCAAGAAGAAAGAAACUAACAAGCUGAUCCUAUCAGAAUUGCCAGAGACGCCAGCUUAUAUUAAGUUUGCUCGCUUUGUAAGCACAACUAAACCUGCUGUUAGCAAGAAGAUCCAAAGGAAAAGAAGCCCAAAGGCUAAGAAAACGGGAACGGUGUUCUCCAGCAGCCAAAUAAAGCAGAUAUUUACUCAUCACUCUCAAGUGCGAGUCUCUAAGGACGCUUUGGAAGAUGUGGAAAAAUGUUUAGAUCUGUAUGUGAACCAGCUUGCCGUUGAUCUGUCUACAUACACUGCUCAUGCCAACAGGAAAACAGUAACACGUGCUGACUUGGAGCUUCUCAUGAAAAGGCAACGUUUGGUGACCGAUGUCACUUCUCUCAAUGUUCUCAUUGAAAAACAUUUACCGUUGGAAUGCAGGGCACUCCUAAUUCCAUGUGCAAUGAGUGGAAACAAGGUGUUUCCAAAAAUGUGACCUCCUCCGCCUAAAAUAUGGUAUUCUUAUAAUAUAUUGUAAAUAGUAAUGUCUGAUGUAAAAUUUUAAAGACCUUUUGUAUGUAAUAAAAUAUCUGAGAUGUGCCCCUUUCUGUUACUGUGAUUAUGUUUGAUGCUUUCCUUUAAAAAAAAGAAAAAAAUGAUAGUGGAUUUCCACUUUAGACAGUUAAUUUUAUGCUAUGGAUCCUCCAAUGAUAAGUUGGGUUUUACAUUACAUAACAGGAGAAGGGAUGCUCAAUAUUCCAGCAGAUUCCUCCUCUCUGACCCUGUAGAGUACUUCUUAGCACUGGGAGACAGUGUGUUCCUAUUUUGUGAUUUUUUACGUCUCCUAUAUACACUUUGUGACAGUAUCAUAAAUGUGACAUUCUGAAGUAACGAUGGCUGUGCUCGUCACUGUGUCACCAGCUAAAACAGACCCCAAAAGCAAUUAUUAAUAUCUUUAAAAGAUAACACAAGCGUCCUAUUAUUUUUUACCUGUUUAUUGCCCAUGUCU